GUAACCAUGCAUAUAUCUAUAAGCCACAAUUAAGCCAAGUCAGAUAACUUGAAAAUAAGAAGUGAUCGAGAAAAAAGGUCGUGAAUUCAGUUAUCAUCUUCCUAUCUUGUAUAAUGGAUCAUCGUAGUGCAUGGUCUAAGAGUUUCUGGACCUUAUUCUUAACUACCCCGCUCUCGGUAGGUAGCUUGCCGUAUAAUCGGGAGGGGCCGGUAAUAGGCUUCUCCUCAUAAAUGGGGCAUGUCAAGGUUGCAGAAGGAUCGUAUUGAGUUUUGAGAUGGAAGUUUUCUAUACAUAACUCGAGUUGCUACUCCAUCUAGUCGAAUCAUAUUGUCGAGUCCAAGGCGAUAUCCCCUCCCUUUUCGUGCGAAUAUCAUAUUACACACGAGACUAUACUCCAAAAUGCUGCAAGGGUGUGUGCUGAAGAACAUAUUUAUCAAGAAUGAAGGCCCUAGCAUAGGGGCUUGGCAGACUCUGCCUGGCCAGAAUGUUUCGAGAAUACUGGCACGCACCGGUUUCGACUGGGUGAUGGUUGACUGCGAGCAUGGAAACAUGGAUGACGCCGCAAUGCACGAGGCCGUCCCAGCUAUCGCUAGCUGUGGAGUUAGCCCUCUCGUGAGGAUUCCAGAUAUGCAAGGCUGGAUGAUCAAACGAGCCUUAGAUGCAGGGGCACAUGGCAUUCUGGUCCCUCUUCUCCGGUCCGCUGAUGAAGCCAAAAGAAUCGUCAGCGCAGCCAAGUUUCCGCCCCAAGGCCAGCGUGGGCUCGGGUCGCCAUUCUCUAUGGAACGAUUCAACCCGGUGCCAACCAUGACGGAGUAUCUACAGCAAGCUAACGAAUCGCUCCUGACGAUGGUCCAAAUAGAGACGCAAGAGGCACUUGAUGCCGUCGAAGAGAUAGCCGCCGUCCCAGGAAUUGACGUUCUCUUCGUGGGUCCUUUUGACCUAGGGAAUAAUAUUGGUCAUCCUAUACUGAACGGCGUCAUCAAACCUGAGUUAGAGCAGGCAAUUGACCGGAUCCUAGAGGCAACUAAUAAGGCAGGGAAGAAGUGCGGUUUCUUCGCCACGGGCGGAGAACAGGCUAAGCAGUAUGCCGAUAAAGGAUUCCAUAUGAUUAGCGUCGCACUUGACGCGACACUGUUGCAGGCAUCGCUGGGCGUGUCGUUAAGCACUGCUCGAGGGCAGCAGGCACCAAAACCCGGUGGAAGAUACUAGGGAUAUCUCAUUGCCGUACAGACAAAAAAGGGCGGUGGAAUUUCUUGUCCUUAAUAUGAGUAGGAUCAUGAACCGAUAUACCCAGAGCUAUAAGUCCUUAUAACGAAGUUUGUACAUGAGCAAUAUCACUUAGGUGUCUAUGCCUUUAUCCCAUCCUGAGCUUAGCUGCUUUGUGCUUUCUCGACGAGAUCCAUUUUGUCUUUGACUUGGUCAGCAGUGAACCGGUGCAUGAGUUUGACUGCUUUUGAGGCGGACUGCGGAUGCUCCUCUGGGGCCGAAGACUUGCUGAUGUGAAUUACAGGGACAUCAAAUUCAUAGAGAUCUCGCCAGCUAGGCUUAACAUCUGACUUGAUGAUAUCAAUCUCGCUGAACUGAAAUGGCCGGGAAUCCCAAACAUCGGACAGAACUGAUCUGGCUUUGGUACAGAGUCCACAGUUUUCACGCGUGAACAGCGUGAUCCUACAGGUCUGAAGCAAUCUGCACGUAGCGCGCAUUUUGAAGUCCAAAGUAAAGCAGUUUAGAUUGGAUGAGAUUUGGGUUAUUUAAGAAGAAGAAAAUAGAUGGUACGAUUAACAUAUUUAAUCUCAUGUUAAGCCACCCCAAUAGGUGCUAGGAUAUAGAA